CCGCGCUCUCUUCGCUGGUGACGGAGUCUGCGCGCGACGCGGUCCUGAGCUCUGGGAAGGAGUCCAUGCUGAGGGAUGCCCAAGAAGUUCCAGGGCGAGAACACCAAGUCGGCCGCUGCCCGAGCAAGAAAGGCCGAGGCCAAAGCAGCAGCUGAUGCCAAGCGGCAGCAGGAACUGGAGGAUGCCUAUUGGAAGGAUGAUGACAAACACGUCAUGAGGAAGGAGCAGAGGAAGGAGGAGAAGGAGAAGCGCCGUUUAGAGCAGCUGGAACGGAGGAAAGAAUUGCAGAGGCUGCUGGAAGAAGAAGACUCCAAGCUAAAGGGGAAGGCGCCCAAGCCCCUGACCCCAGGCAAAGUGACUCGGGCCCAGAUAGAGGAGACGCUUCGCCGAGACCAGCAACAGAAGGAGAAUGAGGAGACAGUGGACAAACCAAAAAGUCACCUUGAAGUACCCUUGGAGGAGAACGUCAACCGGCGCGUCCCCGAGGAGGGGAGCGUGGAAGCCAGAACAAUCGAAGAUGCCAUCGCUGCCCUCAGUGUCAGUGACGACUCUGACCGCCACCCCGAGCGCCGCAUGAAAGCUGCUUUUACUGCCUUUGAGGAGCUGCACCUGCCAAGACUGAAGAAAGAGAACCCCAACAUGCGUCUAUCCCAGCUGAAACAGCUGUUGAAGAAGGAGUGGAUGAGGUCCCCUGACAACCCCAUGAACCAGCGGACCAUGGCCUACAAUGCCCAGAAAUAGAACUUGGGGAAUGGAAACAGGCAGGGGAAGAGAGGGGACCCAUCCUAGCCUGCACCGCGGGGUCUCAGGCCCUCAGAUUCAGGGUUGGGAGGAUGGGGAAGAACAGUUCCAGAUAGAACUAGUGGAAUUCUUUUUUAAACACAUUUCUCUCCCCUGUUCUCAGCACUACUGAUUAAAAGAGGAGUCACCACCGUCCAGGGUUCCUUUCCUGCUGCCGCCCUGGGAAGAAGGCCCUGCCCUUCUCUGACUUCAGGGCAGAGAGGUCCCUAUCCCAAUUUUCCUGACCCAGCGUGGCAGCACUGAUCACUCUCUCUCUCUCUCUCUCCCUCCCUCCCCCCCACUGCCCCCCUCACCUCAUUUUGGGAGUGGGGUGGGAAUAGACCUCUUUAGCUUUCAUCUGCAGGGCCCCACAGCUCAACAUCAAUUUCUCAGGCCUCGCUGACUUUGGCAGAGCAGGGGAAAAAAGGGCUUUCUUCCUCUCUUAAACUGUGAGGUUGUCUGUCCCAGGUGAUCAGGGCCUCUAACAGAACUGAGGUCUAGAUCCUAGUUCUUCCUCUCCCAAUUGAUCUUUGAACUUCAAGCUGAAGAAGUUAAGGGAGACUUAGGCAUAUAUCCCUGGCUUUCUACUCUACUGUGACCCCACAGCUACAUAGGUUAGGCACCUCCUCCACGCUAGUUGGAUGGACCAGUUACCAACACACCCCACGUCCCCCUCCCUCUGGUCAUCUGCUUUCCACAGGGUUUCUGCCAACUUUACUUAUGUCCCCAAUUCCUCCUGAGCAGGUUCAGUAACCGGUGAAGCUGGCCUCCAAGGAGCUAAGUAACUGCCUUCAUUGUGGGGCUUCCUUCUUUCCCACUGGCGGUUGUGGGCAACAAAUCUGAGCUACUCUAGCCAAUAAAAGAUUGGGGGGGGGGGGGUAUUUAAUUUUUUUUUUCAUAACAAAUUAUUUUAACUUUGCUUAAUUCCAACUCCAGGAUCAGUAGCCACAGACUAAAAUCCUGGAGGUAAAAGUGCCCUCUCUCCCCUGCCUCCCACCCCUCAGGGAUGGUCAGAGAUUCCCUGGUCAUGGUAGCACAUAGCUUACUGGCUACCUUCCCCUUCCCCCUCCUCCCUGCCCACUAAAACCUAAGGGGCAUGGUCCAGUGGCCACCACUUGCCAAGGGAUAGCCCCCGCCUAGAGUUGUCCCUACUGGUUUGGGCCUAGCUAGUGCCAGAAACCUCCCUGGCACUAGAGAGAUUCUGCUCUCCAGCUACUGCUCCCUGCUCCCACCAAGGGCUUCCUCUUUUCUCAAGGGCUUGGUGUGUGGAUUUGGGGCUGUAGAAGGCUAUGGCUGCUGCCUCUAAAAAGCGUUUGCACUUUGGGACCCUCAAGUUUUUAAGGGCAUCAGAGUCUGUCACCUUUCUUGCAAGGUCACCUCCAGCACUGGCAGAAGGCCAGGGAAUGGAGCAAGUGGGUGAAGGUGGAGUGACCACUCUGCAUAGCUCUCAGGCUCCAUCUCACCUUUUCUCCCUUUUCCCUCAUCAGAGGGGGGAAAAAAGUUUCUUUUUGGUUUUAACUUGCAGACAAUUGAACACCACUAAAGGACAAGACUGAAGCCUACCCUGCUCAGUGUCAGGAGACUUCUUCCCUUUUGGUUCACCCUAGGAAGGACCUAGGCUGUUUGGAGGGUUAACCCUGGAAGAACCAGGGAAUUUGGAGUAAACCUUAUGCUCCCCAGGCUGAGAGAGGGACCAGAGGGUCCCCAAGGGAAGCUGGAACAGAAGGAGGGGCUAAAAAAAGAAAGUCUUUUGGUGGGUAAACCUGUUCUCCACACCCGGAAUAUUUAUUGUCCCUUCCAUGCUGAAAUCCUAUCUAUUCUGCAAGGUCCAUGCUAGGAAGUUCUCCAAUUACCCCACUCCCCAGGAAGAAGUAAAUUAGAUCCACAGCCUCAUGUCUGGGCCCUUCCUGCCAUCUUUAUCUCAUUCUCUUUUAUUGCAGUUAUUAAAUGUGCCCCCUGUCUUUCCCCAGCUAGCUGGAGAGCUCCCCCAAGGGCUCUCAAUGGAUGGUCAAUCAUCCUUUGUCUUCCCCUCCUGAUGUAGCCCAGAACAGGUCCCUGCACACGAUAGGUGCUCAGUGUGCAGUCCAUUCAUUAAAUAAACAGAACUGGGUCCCAAACCUG